CUGUUGUUUACACAUGUGUCUGUAACACUGAGAAGCAAGAGGAGUGUAGCAAACCCAGAGGGAGUGAACUUAGAUUAUCAAUCAAAACAUGAAUUUAGACUCUGUUCAAAAACUAAUGGAAGAGUCACAGGCUUUUGGGACCCAACCAAGACAACCUUAUAAAUUUCCUGGAGGUUGCAAACCAGGUGACGAUCUGUGCAAUUCAAAUCUCCCAUCUCAAAGUUUCACCCCAUGUUCAUCUCAUUAUCCACAUAUGUCUACAAAUUGCAGCAGUGAUUGGGAAAUUCUGGAAGCAGUAAGAAUUCGGGAACUGGAAGAAGCCAAAGCCAGAGCUGCCCAAAUGGAGAAGACCAUGCGCUGGUGGUCAGACUGUACCGCUAACUGGAGAGAGAAAUGGAGCAAAGUUAGAGCAGAAAGAAAUAAAGCCCGAGAGGAAGCAAGACAGUUGAGAAUAAAAUUAGACAGUGUUGUAAAGGAACUGAGUAUGCUUAAAAAAAUAAAUCAAGGUUUAGUAAGUGAGAAGGAAAACUCAGAAAAUAUAACUGCUUGGAAAACAGAAUUAUCUUGCUCAGAAAUAUCCUGUAUUAGAAGAGACCUAAGCCAGUUAACAUUUCUGGAAGGAGAACCUGUGAAAGAACUUUUAAGAACCAACAAGAUUCCUGGGGCAGAAGACACAAAAAAGGAUGUAGAGGCAAUCAAAGACCAAAACAAACAAAAUAAAAAUAUCACUCCAAAGGCUCCUGAUUCCUUUCCCAGUGCAGUUCCCAGUGUCUAUUUGGAGGAACCUAAAAAAAGCUUGGACAAUGCAGCUAAGACAACAGAAAAUGAUUUAAUACGUGCUUCUGUCUUGCAUUUGCAUUUGGCUGAGAUGCAGAAAAUCUUAGAGAAGGAAAGAGAAAUGAACAUGUUUCUGGAAAAAGAAAUGGAAAAGAUAGAAAAUGAAUUAUUUAUUUGGAAAUGGAAAUAUGAAGAACUGAGACAAACCAAGCUGGAAGGCCUGAAACAGCAGGAAAGAGUGUGGUUUGCGGAUAUCUCUGAAUGGGGAAAGAGAGAGAGACUUGAAGCAGAGAAACAAAGUUUGGAAGAAGAGAACAGAAGAUUGGAGUCGCAGGUAAAAGAAAUUCAGGAACUUCUGGAGAUGAAAAAUCAAGAAACACUAACUGAAUCAAGCUGUGAUCAUCAAAAUGCACAAAGUAAGCUUCUGGUUGAAAAUAAGGUAAUAUAUUCAACAGCUGAUUUUCCAGGCUUCCCUGGUAAUGAAUUGCCACCAAAGAAUUAUCUCCUGCUCAAGAGUAAAGAGACAGAAGAAAGUGAACUCGGGAUUUGGGACCAGACAAAGUUACUUGUAUGUUGCUGGAAAUUCUAACAAGACAAUGAGUAAAGAUGCGGGAGAUGAUCAAAGAGCCCUGCAGCAAUAAAGAGAACAGUAAAGAGAAAGGACAAAGAACUUAUACUCUUCAUAAAGACUUACAGGAAAAUUUGCUUGAAGAAACGUGUGCCAGACAUGUAUGGGAGUAUUGUACACAUUGUUUCUAUUAUUGCAGAUUUUUCAAAGAGAACCAAGGAAAAUAUGCUAGUGUCAGUGUGUACCAACUUAGAAUUUUUGUUGGCAAUUGUCUGUCCUUCCUUUCCAAUUGUCUUAAUUGCUUUAUUCUAAAGCAAAAGGUGGACUUUAAUUAACAGUUUCCAUAGUUUACCUUUGGGAAAAAAAUACUUUAAAAUGUACAUGGCAUAUGAGACCAAUUCACAUUUAGUCCUGGGAAGACAAUGAGUCUGAAAUAGAAGUCAGUGGUUUGUGUCUGGUUUUGCUCCUGACUUGUUUUUUUUCAUAGAACAAUGGGCAAACAACUCUGUUUCUCAGGUUCCCCAGUUCAAUCAGGUUGACAUGCAUACUACACCUUCUUUAAUUAAAAAAAAAUAAUAAUCAUAAUACAUAAAGAAGAAAAGUUGGUUUAUUUAAAAUACCCGAGUAUUAUCACUUGUACAUUUAGAUUAAAGGACUACCCUUUCUCUUAGCGUUUCUUAUAUGCAUGACAUAAUACAAAUACAUAGAAAUAAUGCAUCUCAAAUUUAUCUUGAUGUAUAGAUCACAUUUUUAUUUAAAUUUGAGUUCAUUAACUGUCCAUGUAAAAAUGGUAAAUAUCACAUAAGAAGUAACAUGCAUAUUAAGAUAAACUGCAAAAUCACAUUUUGAGAAUUUUAGAAAAUUCAUGAUUUAUAAAAACAAGAACCACUUUCAGCCACCAAGUCAGACACAAAUUAUAAUGGGUUGCUGUUUGCCAUAUAGAGUUGUUAAUGAGUAUAUGCAGAUUCUGUUUCACAAAGAUUCUGUAAACUUUUUCUAGUUGCUCAGCAAUAUGUUUCAUGCCUUCUAUCCCUGUAAACUGAAAGCUUCUAAGAGAAUUCUAGUUGUAUUUAAAGCCAAAAAUAUUUCUCCUGCCAGAACUUCUAAGCCUGCUGCAGAGGUUCUGUGAUGUCCCGAUUUGUCUUGUAAUUUACCUUGGAUCAUAUAAAAAGAAACAAUUAUUUGUGCAAUUGUUAACUGUGCAGUAGAAAUCUUUGUGAAGUCAGUGUAUGUAUAGUUAAAAUAUGCUUACCUUCAAGUGCAGGCCGGUCAAGCUCAUGAAUGGAAAGCACUAAAGAUUAUUAAUUACACAGAAAUCAUGUUUUGCCCAGGGAUUAACUGAGCUGCAAAUGGGCGGAGGUUGGAUCGUCCAGCAGGCUCUACCUGUUCUUAUGGCCCUACCUGAGCACCAGCUUUUCACCACGACUGAAUAUAGGAUGCUAAAGUAGAACAAUCUGUGUUUUGACUCUUAUGUCCUUAACCUUCUUUCGUGUUUACAAAUACUGACCUAAUCCCAGUCAUUACCUCUCAGGAUACAUAAUGAAAGGAUGUCUCUCUCUGCUGUCAAUAGCUGAUACACAUUUCGUCAACAAGAUGCAGAGAAACUGUGAGACAAUUAAAGGGCAUUUAAACAUUUAAAACUCAUAACAAUUGACAAUAAAAUAGAAUCAUGAUAAUUACCUUUUUUUUAAAUCCAAACUUCCUCAAUUAAUUUAUGACCUUUUCAUCAUAAUACUAGAAUGUCUUCUGUUCUUAAAUAUACAUCUAUGAUAAUUGUUAUAUACCAGUAUUCCCAUCCAUUCCUUUUCACAUUUCACACGUGCAGUGAAGACACACAGAUUAAUGCAGAAGAAGUGAUUUGCUCAGGGUCACUAAGGAUAAAUAUGGAAAAGUCAGUAAAACUCCUAACCCUAAAUCUGAUUUUAAACCAUUAAGCUGUUCUUCUUCAUGUCUUGAGAUGAGUAGUGACUAAAAAAGUGGAUUGCCUCUGGAAAAACUUCAUGAAAUCUAGUCUUUCUUUUUUUCCUUUUUAAGAUGAUAAAUAGCAUUAAUGUUUAAUGGGAUCAGUUUUACAAACUGGUUAUAAACACAGUAAUAGAAAAACCUACAAAUAAUUUUCACAGCUGUCAAGUUUCAUUAAACCUUGUUUAACACCAUAAAUGUGUAUAUUAUUUAAUAUUGGUACAAACGCAGAAAGACAGGAAAAAAUUAUUUAUGUGGUCUGGUGGUCAGGAAGUAGAUGAUAGAGAAACAGUGGUUACCACUGUGUAUAGA